GCUUCCCCUCCGAGCCCCUCAGCAUGCCUACAGGACUCCAGUUUAGUAUUCACUGGAAGAGCUGCACUGAUGCUUUCUCGCUAGACCUACAGGCUGCUGGUUGGAGCCAUAAGGGAACAGGAGGAAGAAUUACCCUGUGUGUUUAUGUGGCUGUGCUCCAGUAAAUAUUUUGAUGCAUCUACUGCCAGCUCUGGUCUGAGGGAAUCUACCUAGCAUUUAAAUUUUGAUGGGGAGCUGUUUUGAAUAAUAACAGUGCAGCCGGCUGUGAGUCAGUGCAUGUGUGUUGACUGAAAAAAAAACCUCAAAGCUUAACGCUUGCUGAACGCUGAGCUGCAGUGCUUUGCUUUUUCCCUCCUCCUUCCUUCUUUUCUUUCUUCUCUUGACUUCCUCUCUUUUGCUUUGUUUUUGGGGGCAUUUCACAUAGAUUUUAUUCACUGUCAGUGGAGGGGUAGGGUAAGAAUAUUUAAAAAAAAAAUCCCAGCCAAAAUAAAUCCUCCUCAAAAACUCACGAGUAGCUUUUGCAAUGGGUGCUGUAAUGGGUACAUUCUCUUCUCUACAAACAAAACAAAGAAGACCAUCAAAAGAUAAAAUUGAAGAUGAAUUAGAAAUGACUACAGUGUGCCAUAGACCCGAGGGACUCGAACAGCUUGAAGCACAAACCAAUUUCACUAAAAGAGAACUUCAAGUGCUUUACAGAGGAUUUAAAAAUGAAUGUCCUAGUGGGGUUGUUAAUGAAGAGACAUUCAAACAGAUCUAUGCACAGUUUUUUCCUCAUGGAGAUGCCAGCAUGUAUGCACAUUACCUCUUCAAUGCAUUUGACACUGCACAAAAUGGCUCAGUGAAGUUUGAGGAUUUUGUGAUGGCAUUGUCUAUUCUUCUACGUGGAACUGUUCAUGAAAAGCUAAGAUGGACAUUUAAUCUGUAUGACAUAAAUAAGGAUGGCUAUAUAAACAAGGAGGAAAUGAUGGAUAUCGUAAAGGCAAUUUAUGAUAUGAUGGGAAAGUACACAUAUCCAGUGCUCAAGGAAGAUGCACCAAGGCAGCAUGUAGAAGUGUUUUUCCAGAAAAUGGAUAAAAACAAAGAUGGAGUUGUAACUUUAGAUGAGUUUAUUGAAUCGUGUCAGGAGGACGACAAUAUCAUGCGAUCAUUACAGCUCUUUGAGAAUGUCAUGUAACCACGUAACCAGCGAAGGAGGAGUCUGAGACUUCCUGUGUAACAAAGAUCUCCUUUCUGGGUGAAAGCUUUUUACAACUGAGCCAUGUCCAGUGCGUGAGGAUUUUGUAUGACAUCUCCAACCAAAUGGCAACUGAAUGCAACCAAUCCCACCUCUUCUCCCCAGGAGACGCCGGUGGCCCUUUGUUUCAUUUUGGAAGCAUGUGAAUAUUUUAAUAAACCCUGACAAGAGAGAACUGCUGCUCAAAGUUCAAUGAGUAAUAUAGAGCAUUGUUUGCUAGGCACAAGUCCUGCUUUUAAUCUAGCAAGCUUAAUUACCUAUGAUAGCAUAUGUCAAUAAUUAUUCAGCCAUCUAUUGCCAGUGACAGCUCAGUCUAUGCUACCAUAUGGCACAAUAUUUGAUGAAUGCCUUGCCGUUUAUCCGCUUUGACAAAAGUCACAUCUACCAGGGCAGUCUGUGAAAAAUGAACAGUCAAUGUACCUGGGACAUUGAGCAGACAGGCUAUGUAACCAGUAUCCCCAUUUCUGCAGAGAUUCCACUUCUCACAUGCACUGGUGCCACCAUGCUGAGUUUGGUGGAGUUCUUCCAGAACACACGAACCAGGGGAUUUUCAUGCCAGGAUGAGCCAGAAAGGAGCAAAACAUGUUGCACAUAUAAAAAACAAACUACAGAACAAAUCCUGUUCAAUGAUGGUAAGUUCCUGAAAGACCAGGCAGGUUUGUAAGGGCUGGUACAGAAAGAUGAUUACCUGCUCCGGUUCCAGCCACCUGUUGCAGUCACAGCAUGUAGUGGGACACCAGGUGAUUCCCCACUGUGCAUCUCAGAAGCACUGUGGGCAUGUGCUGUGGUCCUUUUGCUGUAGUUUGGCACACACUUCCUAAGUUCAUCAUUUGAAUGUUUAUAUUUUUCCAUUGGACAUGACAGUAAGUUCUUGCCCCCUUUAUGGACUUAUUUACUUAGUGAAGAACACGGCCCAGAAGAUGCAGCUGUGUUUCCACAUACAGACCUUGGCACCCACAAAUUGCCCUGUACAUUUGAUUAGGAGCUACUGAGUUGUUGUUAGCCUCAGAAUCACAUGCCAAGCCCGUAUUUUUGUCCUACAAGGCAGUUGCAUACCUUGUACAAGCACCAUUUCCUUGCUAAUGCCAAGUAGAGUAUUGGUUUGGGGGGUUGGUUUGUUGAUUAGUAAAACAGGAAAAAGUAAUGAAUUUACACCAAGGUUGGAUUUUGCCCAGUAGAUGAUUUGUCAGCUGGGGAACGUGUCAGAGCCUUCUCUGCAGAAGCCUCUUAGGAAAGCCGACACAUUAUAGUGGCAUUGCCAUCUCCAGGUAGGUAAUGGCUGAGAAACCAAGGCAAGGAGGGAACAGACAACUUUUCCAGCUGCUCAAACCACAUAGACAGGACAGUCCCUGCCAUAGUGCUGCAUUGCUCCCAUUCAGUAAGCAUAUAUUUUUAUUGUAUCAGAUACUAUAUUACAAAUAAACUGUUAGCAGUGAAGAUAUAUUUUAAAAAUUAUGUUAAGUGUAAGCUUUUUAUAAUACAGAAUAUAUAGAAUGCCUCAAUUCUGUAGCCCUAAUUUUAUAAAAAUUUCAUCUAUUUAAGCAUUCCUGAUUAUAGAAGUAGGUCUGAUCAGUCCUAGUGUAAUGAAUGAUAUGCUGAUUGCCCAAGAUGGGGCAUUUUCACCUUUUACUGUGCUCCUCCAUACACUUCAGUGUAGUCUUAAUUUUAUUUCUCUAAGCUGUCCCCUUGUCAUAAAAAGUGCUACUCGAGUGAAGUUGCAUGUCUGCAGGAAUGACACCCUAGUCUGUCUUGUUUAUUGCCUUUCAUACAAGCACCAUUAAUUCCUUCCCAGCAGUGAUUCAGAGCACAGCAGCUCCCAUGAGGGGCUGUAUUCGCAGGAGGGAUGUCAUGCUGUGAGAGUAGCUUGUCCUCCAGUUGUUGGGUACUGUCCAUUUAUGUAACAGACACUUGAUAAAGUCAUCAGUUGUAGCUGAAACAAUACACAGCUUACAGUGUUAUUUCUUGAUUCUUCUUGCAAUCACUUUAGCAAAUGACAGAAUUAAAUAUAAUUAAUUACCUGCUUUUCCCUUCCACCAAAACAACACCUGUCAUCAGUCUAAGCAGUUAAACUACAAAGGAGGGAGAAGUGGUCAGGACAAUGGAAAAGACGAAUUUGCAUCGGGCUAGCACAGUGCCUUUCUCCUCUAACAGUCUUGCUCCCAAUGGGAUAAUGAGAUGGCACAUACAGUUCAGAAUGUACCCUUUUCAAAAGAAAAUGUUAUUAGUUGCAUGAUGCCAUAGCCCCUGAAGCUAAAUUAAUUUCUGGAGUUACUGUGAUGAAUUUGGCCUCAGCUGGUUCCUGUCCCCGCUGGCAGUAGUGCUGUGCAGGGCCUGCCUGUGCUGUCACCCUGUGUUGAGUGGAGCCCCAGUUUGACACCACACUCCCUACAGCUGGUGUCCCUGACAGUACCUGCUGAAGUGCAUUGCUGUGUGGGUACCAGUACUGACUCUGCAGUUCUGGCAUCUCCUUUGCUGCUGUGCCAGCUUUCCACUCCCAGGAAUGAUGAGGGUGCAUCAGGGAGAUGCUGACAGCCACGCUGAGUCUGCCCUUGAGGCAUAAAGAGCUUCAGUUUGGGUCUCACAGGAGUCAGACACCUCCCAGGCACCCCUGGGAUGUUCAGCCCUGAGUUGAGCUCUGUGUUCCACCUGAAGCCCUAUGGUAGCUGAGACAGGAGGAUUUGCAAAGUGGCACCCACAGUUGUAUUUUCCUGUAGCUCAGAUUGCAGAUUCUGUCUGUGGCAGAGUUCUUGCCACUGCAAAACCAAUUAUUGCCCUAUGUUUGUCCCUGAUCCCACUGCUACAGCCAGAGGCUGGGAUGCACCAGUGUGCAGAUGUGCUCCAGCCAACAGGUGACAGAGAUCCAGUGACUGUGAGAGAGUCGUGCUCUGCAUGAAAUGGCUUUGGGUUUGUUUUUUUAUGUUUUCUCAUGAAUGUUACUCUGUAAACUUGCCAAGCCUCCCCUUGCUCAGAAAUGGGGCUUGUAAUAUUUACGACAAAUACGACUACAGCUUUCUAAAUAAAACACAAUAUGCUAUUCCAAUCCCUACCCUCAUCAAUCCUCCUGCCAGUACAUGGAAGGCAGUUCCUGUGCUGCUUCUCAUCUACAGUCAGACUAUGUCAGUGCUAUCAACUGUGCUCAUUUCCUCCAAGUGAUGAAUGUUUAAAUAACGUCUGAAUCAGGACUCUGACUGUGUCAUUAGUUACAAACAUUAGUCUGCAUCUUCAUGCCAGCAUUUUUUUAAAGAAAGCCUUUCUAACAUGCAUUUUCUGCAACAUGUUGAAAAAUAGGAAUGUGAUUAAUGAUAAUGAAAAAAAAAAAAGAAAAAAAAAUGUACCGUGCCUGUUCUGUGGCUGUUUGGCUGUUUGUUUUCCUGUUCUUCUGAAUGCAUUGCAAUAUUGUGAGUAACCAUGAGCCAAGCUGUAAGCCCGAGGCACAGAUACCCUGAGGUUAGGGCACCAUGGGCAGGACUUUGGCAUUGCCUGACUGCAACAUGUGUUGAGAACAAACACCCACGUGUCCAUUGGUGACCUCUGGUGAGAUGAUAGCAGCAGUGUAUCAACCUUUUCUUCUUAUUCAUGGAAGUGCCAUGAAAGACCUAAGGAAAUGUGCAAAUAAUGUAAAUUGUGAUAACUAAAGCCAUGUUAAUGGAGCAGCCAUGUAAAGCUUCACUCUUACAAAUGCUAUUCUCCGAUGGUAAUUUGUAUUCAAUUUUGUUUAAUGGUUUAAAAAAUGUUGGUUUUAAUAAUAAAAGGAAAAUAUCUCUAGGAGGGUGUCCUUUCUUAAGCCCAAUAUGUAUUUUUCUGAAAGGGACACUGUCAGGUUAAAAAUUUGCAAAGAAACUUUUAAAAGUAGGACUCAAACACAUAUCUAUAUGCAUAGGGGCUGUGAAUCUGAACUGUGCUGUGAGUGUAGCACUUACAUGCCAAUGAUUUAUCUGCAUCAUUGAUUCAGGGGUGCUCUUACAUUUGGUAUGGCAACACACACUGAACUGACCCUUGUGUAAAUAAGAAUUCAGAAAUGUUCUUCCACCUGCAUCACUGAUAGUAUUUUGGAGUAGUAUAAAUGGAAAGCUUACAGGCAUGUCUCUUCAGCAGUUUUGCUUAAGUAUAAGCAGGAAAACAGGCAAUUGAGUUGAAAAAAAAUGCAAACACUAUUUUAUGUUAGAGAUAAGAAAAAUAACCCAAAACCUAGCAGUGUUCCUUUAGCUCUAGUUUGUUGUAAACAUCCAUUCUGACACGUGGACAAAUGCAGGAGUGAUUUUGCGAGACUAUAUAUAUGUGUGUACAUACAUACAUAUAAAGUUUGCUAAACUCCGUUCUGCAGGGUAUAAUCUGUCUACCAGUACAUCCCAGGAAAAAGAACAUACAUGCAGAAAUGUGAAAAUAAAGGUGUCUGUUGUGAAACGUG